CAUAAAAUGGUGAAGAAGAAGAAGAAGAAGAGGAAGUAGUUGGAAUAAAUUCCACACUGCAGUGUUAUUGUAGUGUUGCUUUUCAGUAUGACAGCUGAACAUGUUUUCAACUGGACUGUUGUUGUGCUCACUUGCCAGCACAAAGACAGUGUUUAUGCUUUCCAGAGAGAGUUGGAGAUACGGCAGCAGCGUGGGAUUCUGCCCCCCGGAGCGCUGCUGCUCACGGUCACUGACCCGAAGGAGCACAUAGGCAGUGGAGGAGCUACUCUCAACGCACUGCUGGUGGCUGCGGAGCACCUGAGCGCCAGAGCUGGAUAUACAGUGGUGACUGCAGAUGUCCUGUAUGAUGCGCACAUUCUCAUUUUGCACACGGGCAGAGAUUUUCCAUGGGAUGGCUGCAGUAGGGCAUUCUGUUGGAUGCCUGUUGGUGCAGCUGAACAAAGCAUUGAGGGACCAGUUUGCUGCUUAGAUGUGUUACUGAACUGCCUUUCAACCAAGGUGUGUCCUGGCUCUCCACCAGGUGUUUGGGUGUGUAGUACUGACAUGAUAAUGAGCAUCUCUACAAUGCCAACAGUGCUGUGGGAGGACUUCACUGGUGUGCGGGCAGUGUCCUUACCUGGUGACAUGUCUUUUGCUGUUAACCAUGGAGUCUACCUUGCAGACGCCCAGGGUGGAGUGCGUGAUAUUAUCUACCAGGGUUCAGAGGAGAAGAUCCGCUCUGCUGUACUGCCUGAUGGGAAAGUUCCUCUGGUGUCAGGGCCGGUGUUUUUCUCCAGCUCUGUAUCUGAAAGACUUUUACAAACUCAUGUGACUCCGCCGUUGGACGGCUGCACUUACCUGGGCAUGGACUCAGGAGCACUACCUCUACAGAUCUCUCUCUUUCUGGAUAUCCUGAUGUGCCUUUGCUCGGACCUGACUGAAGCAGAGUUUGUGCAUGGAGUGAGAGCAGGUUGCAGUUCACCUACGGGUCCACAAAGGGAGGCGGUGAAGAGUGCCCGCUCUGUAUUGUGGAGGACUUUGAGAGGCGUUCCCCUUGUUCUGGUACAUGUUUCUGAUGGAGGUUAUGAUUACCUGACAAUGUCAGGCAGGGAACAUAUUGUACGUCUGAUAGAGGCAGGAUCAGAGAGACAGAUUCUUUCUCACAUACAGGAAUUGCAGUGUGUAAGCGAGGACAGCAGGAUAAUUAACAGUGUUCUGGAAGGCGAGGUGCAUGUUGCAGCAGGGGCUGUUGUGCAACACUGCCACUUACAGGGUCCGAUUCAAGUGAAUUCUGGUUGCCUCCUUUCUGGCUUGGAUCAGACUGUAUUAGAUGAACUACAGAACCUGCCUCUGACCAGCGACAUCAUUGUGCAGGGGCACAGGGUGAAUGUGGGAGAGCUGAAGUUAACUGUGUUUACAGUGUUUGGGGCCGAUGACCCUUUGGAGGCCCAGAGCGACAAUGUCGCUGCUUCAUUCCUCAAUCAAACAUGGAGUCAGUUCUUUAGCCGCACUGGAAUACAGCGAGAGGAUCUAUGGGGAGCAGCGAGUGGAGCAAGUCAGACUCUGCUGGACGCUCGCUUGUUUUUGGCAUUUAUGCCAAAGGGAGGCACAGUAGGGCUGGAUGGUGUGCGCUUCCUGCUGGGAGGCUCUGGGAAUAUAGAGACCUGGAGAUCAGCAUGGAGACUCUCUCUUAGGGAGGUGCUGUCUCUCACUGACCAGCAGCACGAACUGCAGUGGCGAGAGAAGCUGUUGUUUAGUGCAGGGCGGAGAAGAGCAGCGGACACACUGAAGAGUCACGCAGCUCACAACCUUUUGCCCAGUAUGAGAGCAGCAGUGCUGGGAGGCAAGCACAGAGAACUACUGAGCACACUCGACUCCGUGGCUUCAGGGAGUCUUGCUGAUCUGGGUGUAGCGGCGCGUACUUUGGCAUGUAUCGCGGAUGUUCUUGGUUGCAUGGCUGGUGAGGGAAAAGGAGGUUUGAGGAGUGGCCCGGCUGCGAAUCCAUCCUGGGCUUCUGCUUUCAGUCUGCUGGAGCAGGGCAAGCUGGAGGCUGGUAUCCUGGAACUGGCCAAUCAGAGAGCCUGUUGGCUCAACAGACCAGAUCUGCUGGUAAGAGCUGCCAGACACUACGAGGGUGCAGGACAGAUCCUUCUCAGGAAAGCAGUGAUGUCUGCACGCCAAUUUGUGCUCAUCAGUCAAGGCGAGAUGCCACCAAUGGGAGAGUGGCAGGAAGUGGAGUGUCCAGCCAGACUGGACCUCUCUGGUGGUUGGAGCGAUACUCCACCGAUUGCAUUUGAGCAUGGAGGUGUGGUGGUGAAUGUGUCUGUGAAGGUGGAUGGAAAACGACCUAUCGGAGCCCGAGUGCGUCGCAUUCCAGAGCCGCGGCUGGUGUUGGCGAGUCGCAGCGGCCCUCCAGAUUGCAGCAUGACGACACAGACAGUGUGUAAUGACCUCACUGACCUGGAGGACCACUGCCAGCCCCAUGCACCUGGUGCCCUGUUAAAGGCAGUGUGUGUGUGCAGUGAUGUAGUGUGUUUGACGUCUCCUCUGUCUCUGGAGCAGCAGUUGCUUCAGCGCUGGGGAGGAGGACUGGAGCUGCACAGCUGGUCUCAGCUGCCUCAUGGCUCAGGACUCGGUACCAGCAGUAUCCUGGCGGGUGUGGUUCUGGCAGCUGUGUACAGGUGCACUGGCCGGAGUUAUGACACCAGUUCUCUCAUCCACGCUGUACUAUACCUGGAGCAGAUACUCACCACAGGUGGAGGUUGGCAGGACCAGGUGGGAGGGCUGGUAGGUGGAGUGAAGGUAGCGCGCUCCCGUCCCAUGCUACCCCUCAGGGUGGAGGUGGAACAACUUGCACUUCCUCCAGACUUCUUCAUUGAGCUGCAACAGCGUCUCCUGCUGAUCUACACUGGCAAAACACGGUUGGCACGCAACCUGCUACAGGAUGUGGUGCGGAACUGGUACAGUCGUUUGCCAUCAAUCGUGCAGAACGCAGAACAGCUGGUGAGCAAUGCUGAGGAGUGUGCUCGGGGUUGCACAGAGGGAUCUCUUAUCAAACUAGGGGCCUGCAUGAACCGUUAUUGGCAACAGAAGAAAGCGAUGGCUCCAGGAUGUGAACCAGCCACAGUGAGAACUAUGAUGGAGGCACUUCAACCUGUAACCUUAGGGCAAAGCUUGGCGGGGGCAGGAGGCGGCGGCUUUCUGUUCAUACUCACACAGCACGCCCAGCAGGAGGAGAACGUACGACGGAUCCUCAGCAAUAUACAGGGCCUCUGUGACUUCAGCGUGCACUCAGUGGAGAUUGACAUGGAAGGGCUUACAGUUAUACAUCAGAACACGGGUAGUGCCCAGUGUCCCAGUUAAACGACACAAACUACAGCAUACUUUCUGCACGGCUCAGACAAAGAUAAAAUGUGAAACGUUAUGAUCAAAGGUUUAUACAGUACGUAUGUAGUGCACAUUGGAUGAAGACCAAGCAAUGUUUUUCCAACCUUCAGCAGUCCAGGUUGGGUGAAUCCGUGUCCGCGAUAGCCUCAGAUUCCUGCCCUUGUCUGACAGGAGAGGAACCCGACAUGUUCUUCGGCUGUUGUAGCCUGUUCAUGUAAAGGUUUAACGUGUUGUGUUUUUAGAUGCUUUUCUGCUCAGCACGUUUGCAAAGACUGUAUAUACAUAAUGUACAUACUGUAUAUAGGUACUAUACAUACUGUAUAUACACUGUUCACACAAUGAAAGAAAUCAUUAGGGAAAACUGGAGAACAAUGAAAUGAGAUCCAGUACUUUUGGUUACUCCAAAUCAGAAUGUUAAAUUUAUCUGAACAAUGUUCGCACAUCAACAACUUCUCUUAAAUGUGUUCAGUUAUCAGCAUUUAUCUGAAAGAUAUAUUCUCAGUGCACAAAUUGAUUCAACAUAUCACCUAUAAAAUUGAUGAACAGUCAUGAAAUUGUGUGUGUGUGGGGGGGGGUUGUUUUUGUUUUGUUUUUUUAAAUGAAAAGAUGCAUUAAAAUGUGUGUUCAUUCAAACUAAAUAUUUGACACUCAUUCUCAUUUCUGUCAUACAGUCAGGUCCAUAAGUACACUAUCGUUCAAAAGUUUGGGGUCACCCAGACAAUUUUGUGUUUUCCAUGAAAAGUCACACUCUUAUUUACCACCAUAAGUUGUAAAAUGAAUAGAAAAUAUAGUCAAGCCAUUUUUCUGGCCAUUUUGAGCAUUUAAUCGACCCCACAAAUGUGAUGCUCCAGAAACUCUCUAAAGAGCUCAACUGUUUUCAGCUGUGCUAACAUGAUUGUACAAGGGUUUUCUAAUCAUCCAUUAGCCUUCUGAGGCAAUGAGCAAACACAUUGUACCAUUAGAACACUGGAGUGAUAGUUGCUGGAAAUGGGCCUCUAUACACCUAUGGAGAUAUUGCACCAAACACCAGACAUUUGCAGCUAGAAUAGUCAUUUACCACAUUAGCAAUGUAUAGAGUGGAUUUCUGAUUAGUUUAAAGUGAUCUUCAUUGAAAAGAACAGUGCUUUUCUUUCAAAAAUAAGGACAUUUCAAAGUGACCCCAAACUUUUGAACAGUAGUGUAUUUGUACAGUAAGAGAGUUUUCAUCAUUUUGCCUCAACGCCACCAGAAUGGAUUUUAAACGAAGCCAUCAGUGUGAUUUGAAAGGGAGACUUUCAGCUUUAGUUCAAGGCAUUUAACAAAGCAUGUCGCUUUAACUGUUAAGGAACUACAGCCAUUGUUGACAUACUUUUGAGCCUGUGAAGACGGAGAAACUAAUUGGACAGUUGAUAAGCGGUUUCAUGGCCAGUUAUCCGUUUCCUCAUUAUUUCAUGACAAAUUAAGGAGAUAAAAGGCCUGGAGUUGAUUCCAAGUGUUGCAUUUGGCAGCUGUUCAUGGGAAUUCUCAAUACGCGAUCCAAUGAGGUGUCAAUGCAACUGAAAGAGGCCGUUAUUAGGCUGACCCCCCCCCCCCGGACCUAUUGGAAAUAGCAGAAACUUUUGGAGUGACCAAAUCAACUCUCUUGUACAUUCUUAAAAUGAAGGAAAACACUGCCAAGCUCAGAAACACCAAAAGACCUGGAAGACUACAGAAUACAACUAUCAAGCAUGGUGGUGGUAGCAUCAUGCUCUGGGGCUGUUUUGCUGCCAGUGGUACUGGGGCAUUUGCACAAAGUGGAUGGAAUAAUGAAGGAGGACUACCUCCAAAUUCUUCAACUUCAUCUCAAAUCAACAGCUAGACGGUUGAAACGGAUACAAUUGGGUGUUCCAACAGGACAAUGAUCCCAAAUACACAUCAAAAUUGGUUUUGGAAUGGAUAAAGCAGGCUAACAUUAAGCUUCUGGUGACCUCAACCCUAUUGAAAAUUUGUGGACUACUCUUAAAAGCCGGAUUCGUGCCAAGAAACCAACCAGUUUAAAUGAACUCUACCAAUUCUGCCAAGAAGAGUGGUCAAAUAUCCAGCCAGAAUUAUGCCAGAAGCUUGUUGAUGGCUACCAAAAGUGUCUGGUCGAGGUGCAACUUGCUAAGGAACAUUUAACCAAAUAUUAGUGGGGGCGUAUGUAUAUACAGUUGUGCUCAUAAGUUUACAUACCCUGGCAGAAUUUUUGCUUUCUUGGCCUUUUUUUCAGAGAAUAUGAAUGAUGGCACAAAAACGUUUUUCCCCCACUCAUGGUUAGUGGUUGGGUGAAGCCAUUUAUUGAUAAACAACUGUUUUUUCUAUUUUUAAAUCAUAAUGACAACAAAAAAACAUCCAAAUGACCCUGAUCAAAAGUUUACAUACCCCAGUUUUUAAUACCGUGUAUUGCCCCCUCUAACAUCAAUGACAGCCUGAAGUCUUUUGUGGUAGUUGUGGAUGAGGCUCUUUUAUUUUCUCAGAUGGUAAAGCUGCCCAUUCUUCUUGGCAAAAAGCCUUCAGUUCCUGUAAAUUCCUGGGCUGUCUUGCAUGAACUGCGCGCUUGAGAUCUCCCCAGAGUGGCUCAAUGAUAUUGAGGUCAGGAGACUGAGAUGGCCACUCCAGAACCUUCACUUUGUUCUGCUGUAGCCAAUGACAGGUCGACUUGGCCUUGUGUUUUGGAUCGUUGUCAUGUUGGAACGUCCAAGUAUGUCCCAUGCGCAGCUUCCGGGCUGAUGAGUGCAAAUUUGCCUCCAGUAUUUGCUGAUAACGUGCUGCAUUCAUCUUUCCUUCAACUUUGACCAAGUUUCCUGUGCCUUUGUAGCUCACACAUCCCCAAAACAUCAGCGAUCCACCUCCGUGCUUUACAGUAGGAAUGGUGUUCCUUUCAUCAUAGGCCUUGUUGACACCUCUCCAAAUGUAACGUUUAUGGCUGUGGCCAAAAAGUUCAAUUUUGGUCUCAUCACUCCAAAUUACCUUGUUCCAGAAGUUUUGAGGCUUGUCUCUGUGCUGUUUGGCGUAAAUUUUUGUUGGUCUACCUGACCGUGGUUUGGUUUUAACAGAGCCCCUGAUUUUCCAUUUGUUAAUCACAGUUUGAACACUGCUGACUGGCAUUAUCAAUUCCGUGGAUAUCUUUGUGUAUCCCUUUCCUGAUUUAUACAGUUCAACUACCUUUUCCCAUAGAUCCGUUGACAAUUCUUUUGCUUUCCCCAUGACUCAGAAUCCAGAAACGUCAGUGGCUGGAUGAAAGAUGCAAGAGUCUGUCUGGAUCCCAGAAACUCACUCAGCUUUUAUGCACACACACUGAUUACAAGCAAACAGAUCACAGUUGAGGACGUUACCUUUAGUAGCCAUUCAAACCCAUUUGUGUCAACUUCUGUGCAUGUUAUCAGGCCAAAAUCACCAGGGUAUGUGAACUUUUGAUCAGGGUCAUUUGAGUAGUUUCUGUUGUCAUUAUGAUUUAAAAAGAGAAAAAACAGUCGUUUUACAAUAAAUGGUUUCACCCAACCACUAAGCAUGAGUGGAAAAGAUGUUUUUGUGUUAUCAUUCAUAUUCUCUGAAAAAUGGUCAAAGAAUCAUAGAUUCUGCCAGGGUAUGUAAACUUAUGAGCACAACUGUAUUUGACCCUGUGUGGAUUA